GUUGAUUUGUUUCACUACUUAACUUAGCAACGAAUGAGAGCAAAUUGUUUCCCGUUAGGGUUGCAAAUUUGCUGAUCAAUAAUUUAGGAGAAGCAGAAUGACACCACUUGAAGCAACAGGGUACAUAUAAAUUGCAACUUUAAGCACUGCGUUAUGAGUUCUUUGAUGCUCUAGAUCAUACUAAAAUAGCUAAUAGAGAAUAGUCAUGAAUAAGAUUUUAAAUUAUUUCACCUCACAGCCAGCAAAUGUGGAUAAAACCAAAAGUUUACAAUCGAAGUUUGACUUUAGCCAAAGAGGUAGGAAAGCAAACAGCAUCUCAAUUAGUUUACAUAUAAAACCUCGUCAAAGCUCAAAUCUAGGUGUGCUCGUGAAGCAGGAAACUCAACCGAGUAGAGGAAAAGAACUGAGCUAUAGAGAAAUAUCUGAUAACAAUUUAAGCUCAAUUCUUUGGUUAGAGAUAUAGCCAUUACUCAGAAAAGUAUCCAUAUUGCCAACAAAUUUUAGUUAGAAAUGAGAGGAAAUGUUUGUGUAUAGAGAAAGUCUUAGAGAACUGUUAAUUCUUUAAAGAAAUGGAAAAGCAGGAAGGUUGUUUUUAGAUAAAACAGCAGAAGCUUUUAUCAAAUAAAGUGCAUUGCACAGCCAAGACUAGCGUCCAGUAUAAGAAAACCAGCUGCAAGAACUCUCAAUCUUUCAUUGAGUCUCUGACGAAGAAAACAAACCCAAGAAGUAAAGACAACUACAAGACUGGAAAUUCUUGAAAUGCAGAGGCUCGAACUCAUCCUGAUAAGGAUUAGCUUAAGUAAUUGCCAUAGAUAUAGUAAUUACUUGUUUAGGCUUAAAAAAACCGAACAGCAUUGCGUCACUGAAGAUCCUAAAGCAUCUGUAUCCCACAAAAACAUACAGAAAGAACUUCAAACUGACAAGUAAAGGACAAGUGAAUCCUCAGAAGAAGUGCAAGGAAGUACUGUUGUAUUCUAUCUCAAAAGAAUAAGCGCCAAAGAGUAUGAAUGACAAGUUAUUGCACAAU